CUUGCGAUGGCGCUGCCUCUUCGGGUCUUGCUCGUUUGGGCGAUAGUGGCCGCCGCCGCCGCCGCCGCCGCCGCCGUUCCCGGUCCUGUGUGGGAAUCGAUCGCCCGUUUGCAACCGGAGACGGAGGAAGCGCGGCAGGCAGCGGCGGUGCGGGAGCUGCUGGAGCGGCUGCUGGGCCCACGGGCUGCCUCCGCCUUCUCGGUGUCGGUCAACCGGUCUUUGGCCGGGCCCCGCGGGCUCGACACUUACCAGCUGAGCUCGAGGACCCUGGGGGUUGUGGACGUAGCUGGCUCCAGCGGGGUGGCCGCCGCCUCGGGGAUCUACCGCUAUCUGAAGGACUUCUGCGGCUGCCACGUCUCCUGGUCCGGGACGCAGCUCCGGCUGCCGGAUAGCCUGCCGCCUGUACCUACCGAGAUCACCGUUACCAGCCCCAACAGAUUCCGCUUCUAUCAAAAUGUCUGUACUCAGAGCUAUUCAUACGUGUGGUGGAACUGGGACCGCUGGGAACAGGAGAUUGAUUGGAUGGUGCUCCAUGGCAUCAAUAUGGCAUUGGCAUUCACCGGGCAGGAAGCCAUCUGGCAGCGGGUGUAUGUAUCCCUGGGCCUGAACCAGUCGGAAAUUGACGAGUAUUUCACUGGCCCGGCUUUUCUGGCUUGGAACCGGAUGGGGAACUUGCACACCUGGGCAGGGCCACUGCCGCUCUCGUGGCACCUGAAGCAACUCUAUUUGCAGUACAGGAUCCUGGAGAGAAUGCGGAGCCUGGGUAUGAUCACAGUGCUGCCUGCCUUCUCUGGACACGUCCCCCGAGGCAUUUUAAGGGUUUUCCCCCGAGUCAACGUCACACAGCUGGGGAGCUGGAGUCACUUUGACUGCACCUACUCGUGUGCCUACCUCUUGUCACCCGAAGAUCCCAUGUUCCAAGUCAUUGGGACCCUCUACCUAAAAGAACUGGUCAAGGAGUUUGGGACAGAUCACGUGUACAGUGCUGACACCUUCAACGAGAUGCGCCCACUCUCUUCAGAUCCUGCCUACCUGUCCAAGGUCAGCGCAGCUGUCUUCCACUCCAUGACGGGAGUUGACCCCAGUGCCGUGUGGCUGAUGCAAGGUUGGCUUUUCCAACACCAGCCUGACUUCUGGCAGCCGGCCCAAGUCCAAGCCCUCCUGCAGGGCGUGCCUCUUGGCAGGAUGGUGGUGCUGGACCUCUUUGCGGAAUCCAAGCCUGUCUAUUCAUGGACAGAGUCCUUCUACGGGCAGCCCUUCAUCUGGUGCAUGCUUCAGAACUUCGGUGGGAACCAUGGUCUUUUUGGCUCGGCGGAGAGCAUCAACCAGGGCCCUUUCAAUGCCAGAGACUUCCUCAACUCCACCAUGGUGGGUGUUGGUCUGACCCCUGAAGGUAUUGAGCAAAAUGAUGUGAUGUACGAGCUCAUGACAGAUCUGGGUUGGCACAAGGAGCCAGUGAAUCUUCAGCAGUGGGUGGCCAAGUAUGCCGCACAGCGCUAUGGUGUCAUGAACGCCCAGGCAACGCAAGCCUGGCAGCUGCUGCUCCAGAGUGUUUACAAUUGCUCGGGGGCUUGCGUUAACCAUAACCGCAGCCCGCUUGUGCACCGUCCUUCUUUGCGGAUGAACACAGAGCUGUGGUACAACCAGAGUGAUGUCUACGAAGCUUGGCGGUUGUUGCAAAGUUCAGCCAGCAAGCUCAGCACCAGCAGCACUUUCUGCUAUGACCUGGUGGAUGUGACACGCCAGGCUGUGCAGCAGCUGGUGAAUGAGUAUUACAUGGAGAUCAAACAAGCUUUCCAGAACCACACUCUGUCGCUCCUCCUAACAACUGGUGGCGUGCUGAUCUAUGACCUCCUCCCGGAACUGGACAAUCUUCUGUCAAGCGACGAACGCUUUUUGCUUGGGCGCUGGCUGGAGGCUGCCCGCACAAUGGCCACCAGUGACAGAGAGGCAGAUCUGUACGACCUCAACGCACGCAACCAGCUGACUCUCUGGGGACCCAAUGGCAACAUCUUGGACUAUGCCAAUAAGCAGUUCGGAGGGCUGGUGCUGGAUUAUUAUGGGAUGCGUUGGAGCCUCUUUGUGUCUACCUUGGUGGAGUGCCUCAGCACGGGAACACCCUUCCACCAGAACCAAUUCAACGAAGCUGUUUUCCAAGUGGAGCAGGGAUUUAUCUACAGUGGGAAACGGUAUCCAGCCAGGGCUACUGGCAACACACUGGCGAUAGCCACAAAGAUAUUUCUCAAGUAUUACCCUUCUGCCAUGAAGCACGGCCACUUAAGGGCUGUGUGAUGAAGCUUUGCUGUUUUCGGCUUAGCUCUCCAGACCACCAGUCCAGCCACCUUACUUGUCUGGGGCUCUGAGGCUAUGACCAGCUUGUCAUGGUGACUUUUGAAUGCACAUUCCGGUAUCCUGAUUGCACCAGAGCUGCUGGCUUUUGGGGGAGGGGGGUGCUGCAGAGGCGAUGGCACUGCCCAGUUGUCAGAAAAAAGAGAUGCCAGUGCUAAAGCCUGCCUAGAAGUGGUGGCCUUUGACCUGGAAGCCCUGCACCCCAGCUCCCGGUAGACUGAGGCUGAUGGUGAUCGGUGAUCCUUGUCAGAAACUCGGCACAUGCUCUCAGAGGCACUUGCACUUGUUCUUUGUGUUUUCCUGAGCUGGCUCAAACUGAAUUCAAAAGUGGGUGGGUGGAAAUGGAUAUUACUGCCCUGAAAGGUUGUGGAAGGUCAUUAGGUCGCCUUAUCCAGCCCAGCUCUUUCCUCCCCACAGAGCAUCCUAUGCAAUCGAGAACAGUGUGGUUCCACACCUGGAAAAAAUGUCUGCAAAGAGGAUUGCUCCAGAUGGCUUCUACAAGUGAUCCAAGGCACAUUUCUCAAAUUUGACAGGCUAGAGGGUCAUUAAGAGGCUUGUAACCAAAAAAGCCCACCAGUUUCUCACCCUCCCUGUAGGGAUAUAUACUCCAGAAGGAAGAUACCGCACUGACUGCAGUGCUUAAAAUAGUUCAUUUGUGGGUCUGACUGGGAUAAUCUUGAUGGGGUUAGGCAUGAGACAAUGCUCUGGGACUCUCCUUUCUGCUAGGCUGGUCAUUGAAGGGGAGCAAGAAAUGUUCGGGGUGGGGUGGGCAGGACCCAAGUUCACUCUAGAAUUGUGGAAAUAUGGGGUAGUGCAGUUUUGGACCUUCUACAUAGCGCUGCAGUAUUACUUUCCUUUUUCCUUAGACACAUCAUGGUUGGAAAGACUGGCAAAUAAAAGAUGAAAACUGGGCUCCUUGUACUGGGCUUUGUGGGAGGAUAGGGAUGUAUGGAUUUCGUUAAAUCCAUUUUGUCUGUGUUUCGCACACUCUCAGGUGCCUUCCGUUCCAUCAUCAACUCAUUGACAGCAUUGGAUGUUUUGUACAAAAAUUUCAUUUGUUUGCCAGUGCGUAUUUGCACAUGUGUAAACUAGUUAAUGCACACUAGCGCUAAUGCAUAUUUGCAAAUGAACAAAUUUACACAAAUCCCUCCCCAAAGUUAAAGAAUGGUCCACAAAUCCCAGAAUCAGCAGGAUUCAGAAAAAGCUGCUCCGCUCAGGUUGGAUCCAAAGAAAUCUGAGCCCAUUUGAAAUUGUUGUAGAUUUCUCUGACAUCUCUAAGGGAGGAAGGUCAAAAAAAGCCUAGCCAGCAAAGGCAGAAUCUCCAAACUGUCAACAUCCCUUCCGGGCUCUUAGUAUAAAAGACAUGUGCAGAGAAACUAUAAUGCCAGCAAAGAUUUUUCUUUUUUUGGCAUAAAGAAACUUCCCUUACUUUGCCUGUCCUAACUUUUCACAGUGCCUUAGUGACCCUGAGCAACAAGGGGGAAGUUUACAGGUGUGCAUGUUAUGUUUUGGUCACAAAGAUAGCUUGGUGUACUUAUGCUUUAUUAAAAAGACAACCUGAAUUCUGUAACCU